CCGAUCAGUAAAAAAAAAUUUUUAGAGCUCCUCACCGAAAUAAUAUCUUUAUAAAAUUUUUUUUUCUUUUCUUUUCUUCCUCUCUUUCUCUUUCCUUUAUAAGCCCUUUAUUUUGAAAAAUGUCUGAAGAACACGAAGUCACCUUUGAACAAACCGAUGCCGGUGCUUCCAAGACUUUCCCCAUGCAAUGUUCCGCUUUGAGAAAGAACGGACACGUUGUUAUCAAGGGUCGUCCCUGUAAGAUCGUUGAAAUGUCUACCUCCAAGACUGGUAAGCACGGUCACGCUAAGGUCCAUUUGGUUGGUAUUGAUAUCUUCACCAACAAGAAGUACGAAGAUCUUUCUCCUUCUACCCACAACAUGGAUGUUCCUAACGUUGUCCGUAACGAAUAUGUAUUGAUCAACAUUGAAGACGGUUUCCUUUCUUUGAUGCUUCAAGAUGGUUCCACCAAGGACGAUGUCAAGGUCCCCGACGGUGAACUUGGUGAAAAGUUGGAAGCCGAAUUCGAAGACGGCAAGGAAUUGUUGGUGUCUGUCGUUUCUUCCAUGGGCGAAGAACAUGCUUUGACUUACAAGGAAGCUCCUCAAUCUUAGAGUUAGAAUAUUUACUUACUGUUCCCAUUGGCUUGGUGAUGGUUGUCCUAUUUGUAUCCUCUCUCUCUCUCUCACACACAUUCUCAUUCUCACUUAUUUCUUCACUCAAUUUUUUAUGAAAUAAAGAUCAAAUCAUUUGUAUGUUUUUGUUUUCUUUUUAA